UAUUUCUGAUUUCAAUUGCAACAUUUUGUAUCGAGUGUCUCUAUAGUCAGCAGCUAAACAGCAGUCACAUCUAAUCAAGUCUACGCGUAGUACGCUGCCAAUAAAUUUUUAAAAGCAUUUAAGGGUUAACAAUUAUAUUUUUUGCUUGUUUUGUUUUAAUGAUAUCAAAUUUGUGUUCUACAACAAACAAUUCAAAUGAAUUGAUUUUAAUAAGUGAAUUCUGUUAAAAAUUUUAUUUUUAUUCUAAAUAAAUUUCGUAAAUUGCAGUGUUUUUUCGUUUAACAAAAUUUUUUGUUUCUAAAUUUAAUUUCGUUCUACAUGUGUUUUAUAAAUAAUUUUACAACAAAUAAUUAUUUCAAUUUUUCAUUAAAUUAAUAAAAUAAACAAAUAAUAAAAUUUAUUUAGCACUUGUUCUGGAAUUUUUAUGGUUUCGAAAAAAAAUGCGAAAAAAUACAAACAAAUUUUGAAAUUGAUAUUUCAGUGAAAAAUGUAUAUGUAAAUUUUUUAUCAUAAAGUAAAAGUGAAAAGUGCAUAAAACACGUACAAUAAAAUUUUAAUAUUUUAUUAAACUUAUAACAAAUGUGGGCAUAAUUGCAUUCGAUACAUUACAUUGGAUAUUAAUAACAUGAUAAAUGCUAUAACGAAGAUCGAUGAAUAAAUUUCGAUUUGAAAUUGGACAAACGAUGCUGUAGAUAUAAAUCACAUAAAACUACCAACAACAGAAUAAAACAUCUGAAAUUAUUAUCGAAGAAAAAAAGAACAACAAACCAAACUAACACCUUUAAAAGUUUUAAACAAAAAGAAAAUUAAGAAAGCAAAAUGUGGGCCUAAUAAAUUUAUCAGCGUCUAGAAAAGUAAAAACAAAAACUCUAUUUAUAUAUAUGCUCCCGAGUAUUAUGGGAAAGAUGAUGAAGAUUGAUGAAGAUAUUAUGCUAAAAAUGACACAAAACCUAAUUAAAACACAUAAAUAAAUAUCACAUUUUAGAGAUCAACACAGAAUGAAAUAAGAACAUUUCCGUUAUCAAGAAAACAAAACGAAAUAUUUACCUUUAACGUAAAACGAAAGGUGAUCAUUAUCUUGUAAUAACAUCAUCACCCGCCCAAAAGUAUCAUUUGUAUUAUUAAAAUCACAGAAAUUCUUUACGCUUGCCACAUCAAUCAUCACUGGGAAAUUCUAAGGCAGGAGUUCGAUCGAUUGUACAACAAGGCGGCAAAUGAGACAUACAAACAUUUAUGGAUUUUAAUGAUUUUAACAUCAAACAUUUAAAAUAGAAAUUUAAAUAUAAAGACAAAAAUAUACAUACACACACAUAUACAUAUGUAUGUAUUAUAUUUUUAGAUUUGUAGCCCCAAAAGAAACACAUGUUGCUACAGAUCAUUAGACUAACAAAUCAAAAAGCAACAGUAACAGUCACAACAACAACAACUGCAACAAUAGAGAUUUUUAACUAGAAAUAAAGUUUUAAGAUUUCAUCUUCUUCUCCUUCGGCUGAACAGCAAAAGAGGCGCAUCAUUUGCAUUUCUCCUUGGGCACAGUGUAUUUGAGUUUUGAAUGGAUUUUCAAUCUUUUUGCUUUUAAGUGGAUUUCCGGUACAACACACCACAACACGACACAAUAACAAAAACAACAACCCAAAAAAAAAACUAAUAGAAAAACAUUUAUUUUGAGGAUCAUUAAAAGAAAAGUGAAACUUAAAGCAACAUACUUGCAACACAUGUGUCAUAAAUGAAAACGGCAACAAAAAUACCAUGUUGUCAUUAAAAGAGGCACAACCAAAAAACCCUUAAACAAACCCAAUUAAAUUUUACUCAAAAUCAAAUUGAGAGAAAUCGAGAGAGAGAGUGUGAGAACGCGUGACAACAAAGAGUGCGCAAGGAAUAAAAAAGAGAGCAGAACUAUCACUGAUUGAGUGAACUUAGUAAAAAGGUCUAUUGCCACAUAUAUCACAGAUUGUUGCAUUCAUUUUCUAAACAAACAUCAUGGUGUUAAGAUCGCAAAGUGCAAGACAUAAAAAUCCUUUAGGAUGCAUUAAUUACUUUUUAAUAUUGGCCGUCGCGUUAAUAUACAUUACCGUCAUUACAACAACACCAGUAACGGCUAUGGCUAGACGAUUUUCACCCUCGGAUGCGAAUGAUUAUGACUAUGGUGGCUACACUUCGCAAGUGGAAGUAAGGAAACGUAGUGGUGGUGCUAGUGGAAGUAAUACAAAUGCUAGCAUGUCUCCAUAUCAAUUUGAUGAUACAGAUACAGAUGAGGAGAGAGCUCAAGAACGUGAUCGUAAUGAUGAUGCCGAAGAGGAAGAGGACAAUCAUCAACAACAGCCUCAGCAAUCGGAUAAAUUACCGAAAUUUAAAAAUCCCAAAAAUCUACGUAAUAUUUAUUCCAAACCCUCUGGCAGUUUUAUACAACUCUCUUGCCCCUCCAUAGGCAAACCAGAUCCCAAUAUUACCUGGCUUGUAAAUGGCACAAAAAUAUUACUCAAUGGCAGUAAAAUACGCCGUACCAAAUGGUCACUUUUUAUGGAGGAUCUAUUACCCACUGAUUCAGGUUUAUAUACAUGUAAAGUUUGCAAUCCCUAUGGUUGUAUAAAUCACACCACAAGUCUGCAUAUCAGUGAUCGCGUCAAUCACAAACCUAUUAGUCUAAUAUCACCGGCCAAUUUAACAUUAUUUAUAAAUGAAAGUGGUGAAAUGAAUUGUACCUAUCUAUCUGAUCUAUUCAGUUCGAAAAGUUGGACCUUUACACCAUGCAAUCAUACACACGGUUGUUCGCCCAAUAGCACGGUACUACAAGAUGUACAAGAUGUUUUGAAAUUUGAAAAUGUUACUAAAGAUCAAGAGGGCUGGUAUACCUGCAUGGAAAUAAAUGGUUUGGGUAAAUCCCUAAAAAGUGCCUAUCUUAGAGUAAAAGAUCCCAGUGAAACUAAAGUUACUAAAGUAAUAAGAUCACAAACUUUAUGGGAAGUAGUGGUGGCCACGGUGAUUAUUUUAAUGUUAUUGCUAUUGGCCAUUUUCAUUUACUAUGUGUGGCGUAAAAUGAAGCAUGAAAAGUUGCUGAAACAGCGCAUCGAAACCGUGCAUCAAUGGACUAAGAAAGUUAUAGUAUACAAACCUGCCAGUGGUGAUUCCUCAGGUUCCAUGGAUGCCAUGAUUAUGCCAGUGGUGAAAAUUGAAAAACAGCGUACUACCGUCUUGCAAAGUUCCAACUCAGAGCCUGUGCCUUUUAAUGAAUAUGAAUUUCCUUUAGAUUCACAUUGGGAAAUACCACGCAACCAGCUGAUACUGGGAGCCACCUUGGGUGAAGGUGCCUUUGGUCGGGUGGUAAUGGCAGAGGUAAAUAAUGCUAUAGUGGCAGUUAAAAUGGUCAAAGAGGGCCACACCGAUGAUGAUAUUGCCAGUUUAGUGCGUGAAAUGGAGGUUAUGAAAAUUAUAGGCAAACAUAUUAACAUUAUCAAUCUUUUGGGUUGUUGCUCCCAGAGUGGCCCUCUCUAUGUUAUAGUAGAAUUCGCUCCUCAUGGUAAUCUCAAAGAUUUUUUGAAUAAAAACAGGCCUGGCAAGGAAUACGAUAAAGACGGUAAUCUUACCUCUCCUCAACAUCAUCUCACUGAAAAACAUUUAAUCUCUUUUGCCUUUCAAAUUGCCCGUGGCAUGGAGUAUUUGGCUUCACGUCGUUGUAUACAUCGUGAUUUGGCGGCGCGUAAUGUUCUUGUAUCCGAUGACUAUGUCAUGAAAAUAGCCGAUUUUGGUUUAGCUCGUGACAUACAAGAUACCGACUAUUAUCGUAAAAAUACCAAUGGUCGUCUGCCCAUCAAAUGGAUGGCUCCGGAAUCUCUACAAGAGAAAUUCUACGAUUCUCAAAGUGAUGUCUGGUCCUACGGCAUAUUACUGUGGGAAAUAAUGACAUUUGGUGCCCAGCCCUAUCCCACCAUUAUGUCGGCUGAGGAGUUAUACAGUUAUCUGAUGUCUGGUCAGCGUAUGGAGAAACCCGCCAAAUGUUCGCUUAAUAUUUAUAUGUUAAUGCGUCAGUGUUGGCAUUUCGAUGGUACAGCUAGACCUACAUUUACCGAAAUAGUAGAGAAUUUAGAUAAACUACUGCUAACGAAUGAAGAUUAUCUCGAUGUAGCAGUGGCGAAUCUAGAAACACCACCCUCUUCCAGUGAUGAAGAGGAUUCCGAUGAGGAGUCCUUGCGUUAUCAUUAUAAGUAACGAGAUUAUCGGUAGGUUAAGAUUUAAGAGUUAAUAUGAUAUUUUAUGGUUGUUUGUAUGUAUGUAUAUCGUUAAUUAGUUUGAAGAGUGUAAAU